UUCAAACUUUGCUUGGCGAUAGAAAUAGACAUUGUUGUUCCUAUUCACCCGCUCCUCGCAUACGAUAGACAAGCAGUGAAAAAUAUAAUAAUUUAUUAAGAUUUUAACUUACUUUCGUCACUUCAUAGACAAAUGAAACGAGUCUUUAAAGAAACUUGAUUUAAAACAUCCCUUAUCGAAAACACAUAGUAGCGGUCCAUAAAAAAACCCUAUUACGGAGGGUAGCGAACCUCCCUGCACCCUCUGGGAAUGCCCCAUCCCUCUCCAACCCUCCGUACAUUAUAUUUCUAUCUCUCUCUCACAUUCCCUCUCUCUCUACUAAUCGAUUUUGCUCACAUUGCUUUGAAUCGCGCGGCGAACGACGGAAUCUCGUAAAAAAUCACGUUAUUUCAUCACAAUUUCGCGAUAAUUCAAGUGGGAUUUGUAAUAAGUGUGUUUAUGGAUGUUUUUUGAGUAUUUUCGUGUGAAAUUUUUAUGGUUUUUGAGACUUUUGAAUGUAAUUCGUAGGAGGAUACCGAUGUUGGUAAGCAUGCCGUGGUCCGCGUGAGAUGGACGGCAUACAAAUGGAGCCGAUCGGCAAGUACAAAGCCGAUAGGAACGGAUCUGCGAAAGUGGCAGCCUGGCGAAACAUGGUUGAUCAAGAUUUGGACGAUGUAGCGUUUUUGGCGGAUACAGACAAAGCCCGGGAAGCGAGGGAAUUGCGGGACACUCCGGUAGCAGUGUGCUCCCAACGACGAGCGAUAUGCAUCACAGCGCUCAUCUUCGGCACCAUCUUCGUGGUCGCACUGCUGGUCGUCUACGCCACUCCGCAACCAGAUUGUCCGUGUGCUGCCGAAGUUACCCUGCUGCCUGGACAGCCGCCAACGGACGCAGAAGCCAGCGCAGCUGCAGCAAAUAAAGAGCGCAUAUCUACCAGUGGGGCGGUGUUUCCCUGGAGGGGGGCUCGUCUACCCACUUUUGUGAUCCCCAAACACUAUAGUUUGUGGCUGCACCCCAAUCUCACCACUGGAGAGUUGAGAGGUGAGGUGUCUAUCGACUUCCGCGUGGACAGAGACACGAGCUUCGUGGUCCUGAACGUGCGAGACAUGAAUGUGACUGAACGCGCCUUGUUCAAAUCUGGUGGGUCGCUGGGCCCCAAGAUCGCGAAGACCUUGGACUACCCCGCUGCUGAUCAGACGUAUAUUGAGUUUAAGGAUAAACUUCGACGCAAAUACAACUACACAUUGAGUCUACGUUUCAUCACGAAGUUAGAGAGAAGUGAUAAGCAGAGAGGAUUCUUUCUAACUGGAACUCAUAGGCAUCGGUGCGCGGUAUCCAGGUUUUGGUUGACGCACGCUCGCUCCACAUUCCCGUGCCUCGACGAGCCCAAUUUACGAGCCACCUUCAAACUGACGAUAGUCAGAGACAGAUUCCACGUGUCUUUGACCAACAUGCCUAUCAUAGCCACGGAGGAAGCUGGCUUCUAUUUGGGACAUAGAUUGCUACAAGACGAAUUCGCGACAUCCCCCCCAAUGCCACCACACAUGAUGGCGAUAGCAGUCUGCCGCCUCCAGCGACGAGCGGCGCCGACCGUCCAAGACAACUCCACGGAAAUCACCACGAACGCGCCCGAAGGUACUCCGGAGACGCCCGAAGACGUCCCGCCCGAAGUCAGCCUGUAUAGCGACCAGCAAGUCAUACUGGAUGAGUCUGGACCUCUACUGGAAUGGAUUCAGAAGACGAUACAGCAGUUCGCGUUCGAAUUGAACACUUCGUACCCAUUGCCUAAAUUUGAUAUUGUCGUGGUGGAGGGAAGUAACCCAUACUCCGAAGGUUGGGGUCUCAUCACUCUUUCUCCCUCAACUCUCUCCGACACAAAGACAAUUGCAAGGCUGUUGGCGCAACAGUGGUUUGGAGGCCUCGUCUCCCCUCGCUGGUGGGGUUCCCAGUGGCUCAUGGAGGCCCUGACGUCACUCCUGGCCGAGAAAUCUCCACCACUAAGAGAACUGGCUUCGAAACAGCAAGAUGCUUUGCUAUUAGACCAUGUGCUACCAGCUUUGAGGCUAGAUUCAAGUAAUUCGGUGCGUGCUGUUGCAUCUUUAAGGUUGGAAAGGGCUGACAUCGAAGCGGCGACUGACGAACUAUCUCUGCAUAAGGGCGCCGCGAUUGUCAGCAUGGCUAUAGAGGCUGCUGGCGAGGAGGCCGGAAGGGCGGCCCUCGCCAGACUCCUGAGGGACCAUCGAUUCGCCAGCGCUGAUGCCAGAGACCUCUGGCGAUCCUUACAACGCGAUAACCCUGAAGACGGGUCGGUGCAAGCCCACGCGUGGGACGGCUGGUGCGAGAGGGCCGGCUACCCACUCCUAAGCGCCACUGUUGUGGGAUCAGACGUGAUGGUGAAACAGGAGCGGUUCGUGAUGACUGCAGACCCGCCGGAGCCCGAGCCGGCGAUGGUGAACUACCUAUUGACCUUGAACUUGAGGGCUGACCUUGACGAAUUGUUCUACGAACCUGAAAACUACACGGAACCAAUAGAAGAAGACUACAACGCAACCACCACGCCGGUACCACCUGCAACCACGCGGCGCACCACCACCAAAACCCCGAAACCAGCGCCACCCAAAUGGGUUAUACCGGUCACCUUCUCCGUGGGCCCUAUAGACGAUUACGAUGAAGACAUGGAGAACAUUACCAGGGGAUGGAAGAAUGCCACCGAAAACCUUCAGAAUGGGACUUGGUACGAGCUAGUGAAUGAGACGAAAACGGUUCGCGUCUCUCGAUGGAUGGAAAAUGUCGUCAAUCUGAUCUGGAUGAAUGAUACUGAAAUGGUGAUACCAGACUUGGGCAAGCAUAAGUGGGUGAGAUACAACGUUGGAGCGAGAGGGCUGUACCGAGUGGCGCCGCAGGACAGAACUAACGAGGAGUCGGCAGAGCUAUCAGCUCGUCGUGCUGCCGCGCUGUACGACAGCGGCGCGCCGGCUGAACGAGCACUGUUACUCGAUGACGCGUUUGUGCUGAGCAGAGCUGGACGGCUGCCUGCAAGCCGGGCUAUUGCUGCUGCGGCACGUCUAACAACAGAAGAACAUUGGGCACCUUGGCGCGUUGUUCUCAACCACCUGUCCUGGUGGAGGGAACUCUUGCACUUGACAUCAUCAGGGCCUAAUCUGAACAAACUCCUGAGCGCUCUCCAUCCGAAGGUGGUCCACGUGUACACACACGAGGAGUUGGAGGCUGGUGGAAUUAGCGAGGAUCAGCUAUGGCUAAGCGGCGCUCUGCUGACAGCAGGAGUGGAAUGGAACAACGAGCAAGUGACCAAGCAAGCCCUGAAGCUAUACAACGCGUGGUACAAGAAGAAUCAGAGCAUACCACUGAUAUAUCAAGAGGCGGCGUUCACGGCGGGCGUGCGCGCGCAGGGCGCGGCGGCGUGGCGCGCGUGCUGGCGCGCGCUCGUGCGCUCGUACGCGGCGCCGCGCCCGCUGCACGACCACCGCGCGCUGCUCGCCGCGCUCGCCGCCGCGCCCGACGACUGGCUCUUCUACAGGUUCGCGUUCUCAGCCCUCUCGAGUGAGGCGCAGAGAGGGCGCGAAUGGAAGCUGUGGGUUACCACGCUCUGCGCUAGUGCUUGCAGAUGGCGUGGCGCGGCAGGAGUCUGGCGCGUUCUGAGUCCUCAACCAGCGUUACCGCCAGCCGCGUUACAAGCAGCCGCCAGGUGUCUGCACCAGCCUUACGAUUAUUACAGGUUCAGAGAGGUGUUCGGUGAGUAUCGGGGCGCGGCCGCUGCGCUGGACACCAUAGCCCUCAACGCAGCCUGGGUCAUGCGAGCUGACGCCGAUCUGCUCAAAUACUUCAACUCAAUCAACCAGUGAGGUCAGAAAAUGCUUUAGAUUGAGAAAAGAAGGCCCCAUGAUUAUUAAAUUAUUAUUUAUUAAGUAAAAACAUGCUUUUUAGCACAAAAUAAAUAUGGUAGAAAAUUUAAAUAUUUAUAUGAUAACAUUUUACAUAACUGUCAUUUGAUAUAUUGUUUCCACAAACAAGGAACAUUAGCUUGAAAGGCAAACAUAUCUAAGCGAAAAUCAGUAAAUUUUUGAGU